GCCGCCGCCUCUGUGGUGACGAUGAACCCGGACCUGCGGAGAGAGCGCGCCGCCGCCACCUUCCAGACCGAGCUCCUCACCAACAUCCUGGAUGGCGGCGCCGAGCGCACCCGCCGCCGCAAGGAGAUCGAGGCCUUAGUUCUUAAUGACCCUGACUUCCAGCAUGAGGAUCUCAACUUCCUGUCCCGCAGCGAACGCUACGAGCAAGCCCUCAGGAAGAGCUCUCUGAUGGUGCUGAAGCUCAGGGAAUAUGGAAUUGCAGACCCAGAUGAGAUCUACUGGUUUAAAAGAACAUGCUUGGGCAAUUUUGUUGAACCUCUCACUCUGCACUUCAGCAUGUUUCACAAAACCUUAGAGACCCAAACGACCGAUGCUCAGAAGGAGAAAUGGCUGCCCCUGGUCCGUGGAGUCAAGAUAAUUGGCACCUACGCCCAAACCGAAAUGGGACAUGGAACUCACCUUCGGGGUCUAGAAACUACAGCUACUUAUGACCCUGCUACCCAGGAAUUCAUCCUCAACAGCCCCACUGUGACCUCCAUUAAGUGGUGGCCAGGUGGACUUGGAAAGACCUCCAACCAUGCCAUUGUGCUGGCUCAGCUCUACACUCAAGGGCAGUGCAAAGGCCUGCAUGCCUUCAUCGUUCCCAUACGGCAGAUGGGCACCCAUGAACCUUUGCCAGGUAUCACAGUGGGUGACAUUGGGCCCAAAUUCGGUUUUGAUGAGAUAGAUAAUGGCUACCUGAAGAUGGACAACUACAGAAUCCCUCGGGAGAACAUGCUGAUGAAGUAUGCCCAGGUUGAACCAGAUGGCACCUAUGUGAAACCAGUCAGUGACAAGCUGACCUAUGGGACCAUGGUGUUCAUCCGCUCCCUCAUCGUGGGCGACGCAGCUCGCGCCCUCUCCAAGGCUUGCACCAUCGCCAUCCGCUACAGCGCCGUCAGGCACCAGUCGGAGCUGAAGCCAGGGGAACCAGAACCCCAGAUCUUGGAUUACCAGACCCAGCAAUACAAACUCUUUCCGCUCCUGGCAACAGCUUAUGCUUUCCACAUUGUGGGAGCCUACAUCAAGAACACCUACCGCCGUAUCAGUGGGGACAUCAGCAGUGGGGACCUGAGCGAGCUGCCAGAGCUGCAUGCACUGACAGCAGGGCUGAAGGCAUUCACUUCCUGGAUUGCCAACGCUGGGGUUGAGGAGUGUCGGAUGGCCUGCGGUGGGCAUGGCUACUCUCGCUGCAGUGGCAUCCCUGACAUCUACGUCACCCUCACCCCAUGCUGCACCUACGAGGGAGAAAACACAGUCAUGAUGCUGCAGACAGCGAGGUUCCUUGUCAAAAGCUACAACCAGGUUGCUUCUGGGCAGCAGGUCACUGGCAUGGUGUCCUACCUUAAUGACCUCUCCAGGCAACGCAUUCAGCCGCAGCAUGUGGCUGCUAGGGCAGUGACUGUGAGGCUCAAUGAUCCAGCCAGCUUGGCAGAGGCCUACAAAGCACGUGCUGCCCGGCUUGUAGAAGCUGCAGCAAAGAAUUUGCAAGCUGAGCUGAACCACAGAAAGAGCAAAGAGGAAGCCUGGAACAGAACUUCUGUUGAUCUGGUGCGAGCAUCUGAGGCACACUGUCACUAUGUGGUGGUGAAGCUGUUUGCAGCAAAGCUGUCUGAGGUCAGCAAUGCAGCUGUCCGUGCUGUCCUGACUGAGCUCUGCCUCCUGUAUGCACUGUAUGGCAUCAGUAAGAACACAGGGGAUUUCUUGCAGGUGGGCAUCCUGACCGAUGCCCAGAUCACUCAAGUGAACCAGCGUGUCAAGGAGCUCUUGGCCAUCAUCCGUCCCAACGCGGUGGCGCUGGUGGACUCCUUCGACUUCCACGACGUUCACCUCGGCUCUGUGCUCGGCCGCUACGACGGCAACGUCUACGAGAACAUGUUUGAGUGGGCAAAGAAAUCCCCACUGAACAAGACAGAGGUUCACCAGUCUUUCCACAAACACCUGAAGCCGCUGCAAUCCAAGCUGUGAAACCCGCUGCGGGUUUUGUCGUCUUUUCAAACUGCACAUUUUUCCUCUUCAGGAAAACUGGGUGUUUGUGUCCUUCCUUCAGGGCACCUGAAAUCAAACCUUUUCAAAUCCUGCUAGCUGUAGGGACAGUGAGUAAUUGUAGCCUUUCUUUCCACUUCUCUGAAUCAAGAAGGUGUUUGGGGAGAGCGUGUAGGAAUCGAUGCCUGGUUUUCAAGUGCAAUUAUAAUGGGAAAAUUUAACCUUCUUAAGAAAACAAAAUCUGGGAAAGCUUUAUGGAUUCAUACAAGGAUUGCUUUUGUGAAGCUGCUAACUAGAGAGGAGUUACUGAUGACUAGAAGUGUAGCAGGAUUUUUUUACUACAAAGUAAAGAGCCCUCAGAUGAUAGCUUCUGACGAGCAGUUACGUCCUCCCCCAAAAAGCGUCAGCGUCUUGGUUUGAGUUUGGCUUAAGUUGAGCACCACCUCUCUCCUUGUGUGGCCCAGUAUUUAUGUUGUCUAAAGCCUCCUGCACAGCUCUGUGCACAGGAGCUGGGAAGUCAAUCCCCAUCCUUCCUUGGAUGCUCUGCUUCGUUCACCUUUCCAGAAGCCACCUUCAUGUUUUCCAGCACAUCCAUCCUUCAGUGCCCUGCAGAAACUCCUUCUGCCCUUGGUGCCAUCUCUCAACGCUGGCACCUUGUUAAUAGGAAGUCAAAAGAGAAAACAGUGAUGCUGCUCUGAGGCAAAACAAAAACCAGCUGGGUGCUGAUAGUAGGUGUUCUGCCCUCCUUUCAACUUGUUAGUAUUUUUGUAGCACUAUCUCAAAGCACUUUACGAAUGUUAAUUGUGGUGAUCUGAUGUGAGAGGAAACCACAGGCGGUGGUAGAAGCUGCAGAUUCGACCUGGAAGGAAGCCAGCAGUUGAGGGCAGAAAGGGGUUGACCAAGGUCCUUGGCUGUCCAGAUUGUUCUGGGAUGUUCUUCUGGGUUUCAAAGGCAUUCUUCAAGGAAAAUGACAAUCCUGAGGGAAGUGUCCAGAUUGUUUCCUACCCAUGCAUUUCCAAGGAGCUUUCUCUGAUUUGCUUAAUUUAGUUGUGGGGUUGUUUGUUGUU